AUGUAUGGGCGGCCACUGCCAGACUCUGGCCGUCAUCUCUACUUCAGUGAGAGGCUGUACCUUGGCUGGCUGGAGCUCCUGUGCUGCCCGGAGGUUGCUGGUUGCAAUGUCCGCAACUACGUGGAGGGCGAUCAUCGCGGAGGCUCCUUGCAGUACACGGUCCUCAGAAGUGUCUCCUACAGCCCUUAUGUUCCACGCUUCGUUAUGGAAAUCAGGAACAAGACCAUGCCGCGACCAGCGGUCGUGGGUCGCAUGGAAAAGCUUGAUACCGUCGUCCGCGCGAAGUCCGGUGAGUUUCUCAGCAUCCAGUUGUGGAAGAUGGUAUGCAACGGUUUGCAGUGGACGGAUAAGCGAAAGCGACGGGUGCUGCCCUCUGAUUCCGAUUCCUUCGUGAUGCACGUCGCGAUUGCCACCCAGGCGAAGAUCGACUUUGAUGAGGGUGAGGAGAACGAGAACCUGGACAGCAAGAGCGAGAGGUGGGUUCAAACCAUCAGCACUGACAACCCCGCGCUCUCGAUCUGGAACAAAAAGACCAUGCAAAGCAGUCCUGGUGCUUUGUGCGAGAUCAAGUUGUCGUACGAGGGCCAGAACGUCGGCACGGCGAAGCAAAAGAUUGUCGACUCCGGUGAGGAUCACCGCCGUCCUUUCCUCGGUGCCAGGAUGCGUAUUACCUGUCGGCAGGAGAAGGCCGGUUUGCACGGGGAUGUCGACCAGGAGACGGUGGCAGAGCACACGCUGAACACUGAUUCCGUAGCGCUCGUGCUGCUGUGCCUGGCUUGGAGUCAUCGAACCAUGUCCUUCGAUCCAGAGGAAGAAAGAAUUUACAACACCUUCGCCAAGGCGUUGCGAUCGAAAGACGAGUCGUCGGCCAUGGGUCACAGUCACCCUCCCGACUGGACACUGUUGGACGUGAAGCGAUAUUUGAAAGAACACAAGACCUGGCUGAAGCUCCACAGUUGGGACUCCGGAGCUUCGGCAGCGCGGCAAUGGGAAGAAACCCAAUUCGAGUCUGAGGCCGCCAGCCACGCACCGGCCGCCUUGGCCCGUGUUCCUGUUGCACCGGGCGUCGCGAAGGGUGGCGACGUGAGAGGCGGUCUUUGCGACACCCAGCUGGGCCCUGGGCUGUCUAUAGGCUGCCUUGCAAUGAUCGGCUGGUGGUUUUUGAACGUUGGUACUUGCGGCAGUCAGCAGAAGCUUCGUCCUUGGGUGGAUGUUGUUGCUGAGGUGCUAGUGGUCCACGUGAGGGGCGGGCCUGACGGCUGCACGCUGGAGGUGCUGCACCGGUCGGUAGCGAGGCAGCCUGGCUGUUUCGUCUUCGCUGGAUACACUCGCCCUCUUGCUGGCACUCGCAUGGUGAAAUUGCGGGGUGUGGAGUUCUAUGCUUUCACCGCUCCCCACGAGGACACCAUCCAGGUGGCUGUGUGGCGGCAGCUGGGAGAUGUUGUCGGUGCCGGUUACAGGCAGCCUGGUGAGUCGUCUCCUUUCCAUGUUUCGCAGGUCCGCGCCGGCGACUCCUUGAGCCCCGGGAGGAUAGGGGCAAGGGUUGGCCCUCUUGCCGACCUCUACCAGCGCAAGGAGUUUGACAGGAGCGCGUGGGUUUAUUGGGAAUCCUUCUGGGUUCCCACAACGCUGGCAGGUGCCAAAGGCUCAGCUGCCAAGCCAUUGUUCAAUCUUGCCACUGUGGCGCCGGCUGGAGCGGAGGCACAAAGGAAUGGCCCGGAUUCAGCACAGGCAGCCCAAACAGAGGACACUGGAACGGCCCUGUCGAAGGCAGAGGCCUUCUCUGAGAUCUACAGACGGAAUGUCUGGCCCGGAUUGCUUUCCCGCUCCGGGCCGGGGUCCGACCCCUUCCAUCCGAUGGUGCGCAUCGCAGUGACUGCAAUCGACAUGGCUCUGGACUUGUUGGCAGCUCGAUCACUUUUGGAUGCGGCCUGCGGCGACGCAGCCUGGAUGGUCACAGCGGUCCUGUCGAGGAGGUCUGUCCAGUACACAGGUGUCGACAUAGUGCAGCACGUGGUUGAGGAGAACCAGCGGAGUUUUCCAUCCCACAGAUUCCUAGCGGCGGACUGCAGCUCCAACGUCGAGCUCCCGCCAGCAGACGUGGUCUUCUCCAAGGAGACUCUGAACCACAUGUUCGUGGAGGACGCAGUGCAGGCAUUGAAAUGCUUCCGAAGAUCAUCCAGGUACCUCGUGACGAACAUCCACAGAGGAGCUCCAAACAAUCUUGGGGCCUCUAAGGGGCACCAUGCCCAUUAUGUUCCGUACGACUUCUCGCUGGCGCCCUUCAAUUUGAGGAAGCUCUGCCAGCUUGUCCCUAUCAACCACGAGGACUGGACCGAGUUUGCCCUGUUCGAAUUGUGA